CUUGUGUUCUCCUCACACGAAUGCAGUUCGUAUGUCCGCAUUUCUAUUUCAUCAACUGUCAUCGAAAUCGCUUCCAUAGUCAGAAACCCUCCGGUUUAUUGUGUCCUUAUCCUGGACGGGAUGUUGCCGCAUUUGUCAAAGGCCAUCUUAGGCAGAAAUGACACAGUCCAGUAGAAGACAAUAACUACUAGAAUGUAAUCAACUUUGGUUUCCAGGCAACUUCUUAUUCCUGUAUCGAAUUAUCGAAGCCCAACCGACGUCAUCGCGUGGCCUGCAACUAUAGAAAAGCCCGCUUGUCUCUGGCCGCCUCUCUCGCUGCAACCGUUGUUAAGAAUUCCCCAGAAUCAUCAUCCAGCCGCUCUCUAUCCUCCACACUAUACAUCUACUCAUCACUAAGUCAAGCUAAACACGUUACUCAUCGCAAUGCCUGUCAUCCCCGAGCCUGCUAGCUUCCCUACUGCCCACGGCAGUAACAACGAUAGCCCUUCCAACUCCUCGGAGCAGAGAGACCCUGGCCAGGACACAAAGAAAGCCUCGAUGCUCGAUCACCUGUCAAAGGGCCCUCAGAUCCCGGACAACAUGCCACCCAAAGCAACAAAGGAAGAAAUUGAGGCGCGUAAGAAGGAGCUGAACCAGUGAAUGUGCCGGACAUAUCAAAUGG